AUGGAGGACAAUACCAUCAGGGAGCAAAGUCUGUCAGCAAAGGAACCUGAAUUUAUGGACCAUACCACAUCUCAUGAUGUCCCAACCCCCCCCAUCGGUAGUUGCAAUAUGGUGGACAACACCCUCAGAGAGCAAAGUCUGUCGGCAAAGGAACCUGAAUCAAUUGCUGGGAAGGCUGUGGAAACUGAGCCUCCUCCCAUUGAUAUCUCAUCUCCUAAUUUAAGCCUAUCAAAAAAGCAGAAAAAGAGGCUGCUGAAGCAUGAGAAAUGGCUGGAGCAAAAGCCCUUGAGGAAACAACGUCAGAAAGAAAAAAGGAAGCAGAAGGUGGUUGAACUACGAAGCCAAGGCCUGGAAACCCCAAAGGCAGACAGAAAAUAUUUGAAGCAAGUUGUAAUGGAUUCCUCAGAUUGCCAGCAACGUGUUGUGAUUGACUUGUCAUUUGAGGACUUCAUGAAUGACAGAGACCUUAAGAAGUGCAUCAAACAGGUGCAUCGGUGUUACAGCCUAAACCGGCGUGCUGACAAUCCUCUUCAGUUCUUUGUGACUAGUCUGGAUGGGCGUGGAAAGAGUGAGAUGUCCAAGCGUCAAGGCUAUGAAAAUUGGGAUGUUCAUCUACACAGUAGCCAUUAUGAUAGCCUCUUCUCCAAGGAGGAAAUUGUUUAUUUGACCAGUGAAUCUGAGAAUGUUAUGCAUCAGUUGGAUGACACAAAAGUGUAUAUCAUUGGAGGAUUGGUGGACCAUAAUCAGCACAAGGGUCUUUGUCAUCAGAUGGCCAUGGAGAAGGGGGUAUCACAUGCCCGACUCCCAAUUGAUGAAUAUGUUGAAAUGAAAGCCAGAAAAGUACUAACAAUUGAUCAUGUCUUUGAUAUCAUUCUUAGGGUUGCAAAUGGCAAAGAAUGGUCUAAGGCUUUAUUUGAGGUCAUUCCUCAGCUGUUCAUGGCCAAGCAUAAGAAGACUGGCCUGGCAUCUGAUGAUGUCAUUCCAGGAGUUAUGCAUGUACAUCGGAUUCAUGUUGCAGCUGCUUUGGGCAACAAAGAUCAGAUCACACUUUAUCUUGCUGCCCACCCACAGCUGCUGGAAGUUCGAGAUAAGAUGGGGAGGACCCCACUGAUGUAUUCUGUCCUGGGAGGCAGUCAUCAUACAAUUGCGUUCCUUCUCAAGGCUGGUGCUUCCACCACUUCCAGAGAUAUCUCUGGCUCCACACCCUUGCAUAUUGCUGUGCAGAAGAAUGCACGGGAAUGUGCGAAGACAUUGCUGCUUCGAGGUGCACGUUGGGAUGUAGGAGAUAAGGAAGGCUCCACUUCCCUCCAUCUUGCUGCAAGGCAUACUGAUGCACACAUCCUCAAGCUCAUUAUCAAACAGAUCAAGAAGAAGCAGCAGAUUGAACUCUUAGAUUCCAAACAGGCAUGUGCUAGGACAGCACUUCAUUAUGCAAGUGCGUGUGGCAACUGGGCAGCAUUGGCAUACCUACUGAAGCAUGGGGCAAAUGUAGGGGCAAGUGAUAAUGAGGGACGGACCCCAACUCAUUUGGCUGCAUUGGCUGGGGCAACGAAGUGCCUGGAGAGGCUUCUAGAAGUGCAUCCAUCAUCCCUGCUCUACCAAGACAAUGAAGGUCGUACGCCACUUCACUUGGCUGUGAUGUCAGAGGACAUUGAUACACGGUGCCUUCUCCUUCUUGUGAGCCGAGCAGCCAGUGAACGCUUCAAUGCCAUUCUCACUCCCCUUGAUGCUGCUGACCAUGUGUUUCAAACCCCACUACAUCUGGCUGCUGCUAUGGGUCAUGCCGAUGCCUGCCUCUUUUUGUUGAAAGCAGGGGCAGAUCCUGCACUUGUUGACUCAAUUGACUUCACUCCUUUACAUUUGGCUGCAGCUCGGAACCAUCCAGUUAGAGUCCAUUUCCUUCAGCUACCUGUUUCCAAGUGA